GGGCUUUGUUCUUUUGCCUGAGCUUCAAUCCCCCUACCACUUGCGGGUUAUCAGACUUUCUUCCUGCAACACGUCAUCGGGUCUGGUUAAUCCUCCCCAACCCCCUUCACCCUCUCAGCUAACCAGGACCAAUCAACUCUCUGGGCAUUUAUAUAUACACAUUCUCGGCUGUCCCCUAACUGCCGAUCCCACCGAUCUCACUCACUCACACUCUCUCUCUGCCUCUCGAGUUUACGUUGACCCUGGAUACAUUACCCCAGUGGCGCUGCCAUAGUCUCAGCGUUUCAAUUACAGCAAUCCCCCUUAAGCACUUGGCUGAACAGGUUCGCUUGCCGAAGCACGCCACCGACCAACUCCAAUUGAAUCUGCCGAGAUGAGUCUCAGAAACAUUCUCAACCAUCCGGCCUCACCGGUUGCCUCUGCUGUCCCUUCCUCUGUUUCCCCCACAUCCCCCUCCUCCACGGAUUCACCAGCUGCACCGAAAGCAACCAUCACUUCGGAAGCAAUGCCCACUUCCUCAAAACAGAAAGUUUCCUCAGCCCCCAAGCUCACCGGAGAACUUCCGAAACGAUACCUCGAUCGAGUACUAGAUAGCGAUGCACUCGAAGACCUCCAGCCCGACGCUCUUCCAGCCAUCACUAAACAUCCUUACCCGGAACCUGAAGGCUAUGCAUCCUCCGAUAACAUGGAUCUCGAUGACUUUGCAGAGGUUUGGAGUGACUCGUUGAAUCAGUACAUGGUCUCCUGUCGUCGCAAGGAGCAACUACUCGAGAAAGGCUACGACGAAUGGGAAUCCGGGAAACAGCAGGAAACAGCAGCCCGUGUCACCGGCUGGGCUGGCGAACAAGCCGAACAUGCCCUACGUCUCAAGCGGGCCCGAGUCGAACAACGUAGGCUACAGGAAGAAGAACGUCUUUGUCAGGAGAGGAACCGCUGCCACGAGGAGGGCCUUCAAAGAGAGCGGGACGAAGCAGUGGAGGUUAAGAAGCGUCGAAAGAAGGAACUGGCGGAAGCGACCAAGGCUCGCAACAGGGAAAGACGACGGCUAGCCAAGGAGGAGUCUGACCAACGAAAGGCUGAAGAACUAGCUCUUGCCAAGGUACAGGCCAUCCGUGCCGAAGCCGAAGCACACGAGCAACGUCAACGUGAAGAAGAACGUGCCAAAGCUGAACGCGCUCGAUCAGAAGCCCAGACAAGCCAACCAACUAAACCCCUGCCAACGUAUUGGUUCGACGAUUUGCACAAGAGGCUUCCCAAUCCCUUUAUUCCUCCCGAUCCAAAUAAUCCCCAGGUCAACAUACACGGCGUCCCUUUUGAUCCCCCCCUACCUGAAGCUUAUGUGAACCAUAUACGUAUGAUGGCCGCAGCCCCAAAAAACACACCAUUGGCCCAUGAAGUCGCUCGCGCGGAGAGGGAAGAAGCUGCCAAGGCAAGGGUUCCGUCGAAUUUGGCCAAUCUGUUGAACUCGCCCGGUGGCCAUUCUGGUGGCUUAAGCAAUCCUCAUCCCGCCCCCGCAGGUCCAAAAGCCUCACGCGCGAAUCCACGGGUUUCGGCCACCAGUACCACUGCCAAGAGGAAGCGAGGUCCGCCUGAGCCUCUUGUGCAUCCUGCUGAGGAAGCUGGCCCAGAAUAUGUCAGUCAGGAGUGCCCAGCACCGGCCAUUCACCACCCUCCUGCCUCAGCGAGCAGUUCUGCUCGUCCACCCAAUUCGCAAGGCGCGCGUCGUACCGUCAGUGGACUGCCAUCCCAAGCUCAUCUGGCUCGUGAAAAGAGCUCUGCACACGGCAAUAGCGUCCCACCCGAAAUGCCAUACCCGCCCGCUUCAACAUCUAAACUAGCUUUCGAAACUUCGCAGUCUAAUCACCCAAGUCACAUCCCUCCAACUCGGCAUCAAGCUCAACCUCCCCAAUCACUCAUUGACCCUGCCACCCGUCGGUUACAGGCGCGCAAUCUGCCAGCUUGGGGACACAAUUUACCGUAUGGGAGUGAACCUUAUCAAGAUUCUUCAGAUCAGCUCGACAUGUCUCUCCCGUUGCGCGAGCGGGCUGUGGCUAAUCCGAAGGCUCUUGCCAACAAACGUUGGGAUGCUAUCGAAGAAGGUCGACGACAGAUUUGGCUCUCGAUCGCCCGGAAAGAUAUUCCAAGAGUUUGCAAGACCCAGCAAAGCACCAGUCUCAGUCGAACGAUUUAUUCCAAGCGGUUGAGCGCCCUAGUCAGUAGGGAAGCACGCCGGAUCAUUGCCAGAACUAAAGCAUCAAAGGAGGUUCAGAUUAAAGCCAAAAGAAUUAUGCGAGAGCUUCUGGUGUACUAUCGCAGUAACGAGAAACGAGAGCGAGAGACCAAGCGCAAGGCAGAUAAGGAAGCAAUCGAUCGAGCCAAAAAGGACGACGAGAUGAGAGAAGUCAAACGUCAAGCCAGGAAGUUGAACUUCUUGAUCACCCAGACUGAGCUCUACUCUCAUUUCGUUGGGAACAAAAUCAAAACUAAAGAAGCAGAGGACAGCGCUGAUACUGCAGGUGCCGCGCCUGCCACAGUGUCUACCGAUCAGACAACUACUAUUUCUAGCACAAGCGGUCAAAAAGUCGAACUGUCCGACAUCACUCAGGUCGCAAUAGCGGACAAAGACCUUGGUGAAAUCAACUUCGACGAUGAUGAUGAGUUCAACUUACACGCUCAUGCAGCUCGAAAUGCUCUCAAGGCAGUGGAUGCUGCUAAGCAACGAGCCCAAGCGUUUGACCAUGCCGCAGCCGAGAAAUUAGCAGCCACUGCUCCUUCUGCCAGUACCAGUCAGGAUGCCCAGCCGGUCACUGGGAUUGACAUCGAUCGAGACGAUCUUAAUUUUCAAAACCCCACAAUGGCUGGUGAUAUUCAAGUCAAGCAACCGAAGCUUCUGAUGGCCGAACUCAAAGAAUAUCAACUUAAAGGGCUCAACUGGCUAGCCAACCUCUAUGAGCAAGGUAUCAACGGAAUUUUAGCCGAUGAGAUGGGGCUAGGCAAGACGGUCCAAUCAAUCUCGUUGAUGGCUUAUCUUGCCGAGGUACACAACAUUUGGGGUCCCUUUUUAGUUAUCGCACCUGCCUCUACUCUGCAUAACUGGCAGCAAGAAAUCACUCGCUUCGUCCCUGCUCUCAAACCGAUCCCUUAUUGGGGAAGCGUCAAAGACCGAACGAUCUUGAGAAAGUUUUGGAACCGGAAACAUUUGAGAUAUGAUCGUGAUGCUCCAUUCCAUGUAGUCAUCACUAGCUACCAACUGGUCGUUCAAGAUGAGAAAUAUUUCCAGACGCUAAAAUGGCAGUAUAUGAUUCUGGACGAAGCUCAGGCAAUCAAGAGCUCAAGCAGCACACGUUGGAAAACCCUGUUAGGGUUCCAUUGUCGCAAUCGUCUAUUACUGACGGGUACUCCUAUUCAAAACUCAAUGACAGAGCUCUGGGCCCUGCUGCACUUCAUCAUGCCACAGCUGUUUGACUCGCAUGAAGAGUUUAGUGAGUGGUUUUCGAAGGAUAUCGAAAAUAGCGUCGACAAGGCAGGUGGUAUGAACGAACAUCAGCUAAGAAGGCUACACAUGAUCCUCAAACCCUUCAUGCUUCGGAGAAUCAAGAAGAAUGUCCAGAACGAACUAGGCGACAAGAUCGAAAUCGAUGUUGCUUGUGGGCUGACUCCACGGCAGAAGUUGAUGUAUAGUCGUCUACGCGAGAAUAUGUCCAUUGCAGAUUUGGUACAAAAGGCGACUUCUCUCUCGAAUGACGAUGCUGCCGUCAAGCGUUUGAUGAACUUGAUCAUGCAAUUCAGGAAGGUCUGCAAUCACCCUGAAUUGUUCGAGCGAGCCGAUGUGACUGCGCCCCUGUCAUUUGCUUCGUUGAAUUUCACUGCGAACGUUGCCAGAGACGGCGACGUGUUGGACUGCCCUUAUGCCACACGAAGUCUGAUUCAGUCUUGUAUUCCUAGAGCUUUCUACCGCGAUGGUGGGAUUCUCUCAGUACCAGGCCCAUCAUCCCGGGCGGGAUUUGACACGAAAUUUUUGGAUCGACUUAUGAACAUCUGGUCAGUACCCAACGUCAUGAAAGCCGGUCCUGAGGGCUCAGUUGUUCCCUCAUGGGCUAAAAUGCUUGAUCUUGGACCGGGAGAAGUCGAGCACAUUGCCCACGGGAAGACUGCUCAGAGAAUCCCUCAUUUGCUGCGAAGAAGGAAUCAAGCCCGCGAAUUGGCCUUGGGAGCACAGCUUCCUGAUUCAAUCGCCUCAGAUUUAGAAACCUUACAAAUCUUCACCAAAUCCGACUUGCUCCCUCGAAUUCCGAAUGAUUUGGGUACAACCCAGCUUUCUGAAAUUACAGAGGAAUUCCGGAAAUGUUCCCGGAUGAACCGAUCGGAUGUCCAAACCUAUAACGAGUCUGUUGUAGCACCUCCUCCCGAUCUUUACUGCGCUGACCGAGGGUUUGAGCUAGAGCAGCAAAGGAUUCGGUUUGACCCAAUGACCCGAUUGUUCUUGUUUGGCUUACCUCAUCCUGCACAAGAAUCUCCUACGCUUUCUGAACGAUACCGGGCCGCCUUUAGUGGCACGUCACCUGCAGGUGUCAUGGGCAUGUCGGCAGAAGACCAGCUACCACGUUCAUUCAUGCAAGUCCCUCUGUUGGAAAAACUCAUGCUAGAUUCCGGAAAGCUGGCCCGGCUGGAUAGCCUUUUACAAGAACUCAAGACGGGUGGUCAUCGAGUCCUGAUUUAUUUCCAGAUGACAAGGAUGAUUGAUUUGAUGGAGGAAUAUCUCAGCUUCCGACAUUAUCGUUAUCUAAGGCUCGAUGGUAGUUCCACGAUCUCAGAGAGAAGGGAUAUGGUGAUGGACUGGCAGAAUCGGCCGGAAAUUUUCAUCUUCCUAUUGUCGACAAGAGCAGGUGGCUUGGGUAUUAACUUGACGGCUGCAGACACUGUGAUCUUUUACGAUUGUGAUUGGAACCCCUCGAACGACCAACAAGCAAUGGAUCGAGCCCAUCGUCUGGGUCAGAAGCGCCAAGUGACAGUCUACCGGUUGAUUACGACAGGGACUAUAGAUGAACGGAUCCUGAAGCUGGCUCGGACGAAGAAGACUGUACAAGAUGCGGUGGUAGGAUCGAGCAGUGGGAACGCAGAAAGCGCGGCCCCUGGCGAAGCUGCUAAGCCCAAUGAAGUCGUGUCCCUUCUGCUCGAUGAGGAGGAGCUCGAGGCCGGCAUGCGGGCUCAAGCCGCCAAACGAGAGGCGGCAAAGGAAAAGCAAGUGCAAAGUGGACUGCGAGGAGUUAAGAUCAGAGAGGAACGGAAAGCAGCAGCAGCGGCAAGCCAGUCCGGCUCGAUGAGCAUUGGAUGGAGCAAUGAUGGGCUGAACCUGGAAGAGGAUGAUGAAGAAGCGUUUGGGUUUUUUACGACGGAGGCCAAAGCUGGCGAGGAGCCUAUGACAGGCGAGCCAGGCACGGCCGAGCCAACUGGGGAAGCAGCCAAGCCGGCAAAGAGCGGCGGGAAGAAGCGGAAAUCGGCGGGGACCAGCACGGCUACUGCUGGGGAGGGCGCCAAGAAACCUGCCGCAACUAAGGCCCCUGCGAAAAAGACUAAGGCUAAAUCAACUCCUGCUAACACUAUCCCCAACCCUCCUACCCCGUCAACUUCUGCCCCACAAGCCGGCUCUCUGAAUCCAGCUCCAUAAACACCUCCCCCCCUCCUUGACAUCUUGUGGCAACUCUUAUUUAUUUGUCUCAGUGUUACACACACACACACUCUCUCUCUCCAAUCAACUACAACUCUGCCGCCUUCCAUUGUCCAGCUUACACCUAAUCCACCUGGUUUACUUUCCUUCUUUGUUGUUGUUUUUUUUGGUGCUUCUUUGGGGGAUUCAUUCUUUUUGGCAGGCUGGUUCUUAGAGAAAGAGACUCUGCUGACUUGAUGGGUCUCUUAUUGUAGUGGAUAGACGGUUUCUUUUUUGUUUUUUUUUUCUUUGCUUUUUUUUUCUUUUGGUUGGUGUUUGUUGAUUGAAUCUUUGGUUAGUUACUUCUUUUAAAUAAUGGCUUUUUUUUGUUUUGUUU